AUGCAGGUCGAGAAUUGCAUCUCGCCAGCGAGUGAUAUCUCCAAGAAAUUUAUGAAUGUGGGCAGUGGCUUUUCGAGCUCCGAUGGAUCAGAGCUUUCGUUGCAGGACCAUCCUAUUAUAUCUGCAAGUGACAACCUGGAGAGAACUUCACCUCUGAAAAAAAACUCUAGGGAGAUGACGAAUCAGUCAGAGGCAGACAAUUUUCCCGACUCCAAGGACGCAUCAGGGGACGUCCAGAGGGGCAAACUCUCUCCUGAUCUUCACGGAGUCUCUGACAUCCGUCAUAAUUUCGAUGGAUCUGCAGGAGAAAGGUGCAUCUUUUCUCCAUCUACACAGCCGCAGUCAGUCUCAGCAGCUCCCAGUGCCAUGUUCCCGUACCCAGGCCAACAUGGACCAGCGCACCCGGCUUUUUCUAUUGGAAGUCCCAGCCGUUACAUGGCCCACCACCCGGUCAUAACAAAUGGAGCUUAUAACAGCCUUCUGACCAACACUUCUCCUCAAGGCUACCCAGCGGCCGGCUACCCUUACGCGCAACAGUAUGGACACACUUACCAAGGAGGGGCUUUUUACCAGUUCUCCUCGGCUCAAGCGGGACUGGUUCCGGGGAAAGCGCAGGUGUACCUGUGCAACAGGGCCCUGUGGUUGAAGUUUCACAGACACCAAACAGAAAUGAUCAUCACAAAGCAAGGACGACGAAUGUUCCCCUUUUUAAGCUUCAAUAUUUCUGGCCUCGACCCGACUGCUCACUACAAUAUAUUUGUGGAUGUAAUACUUGCUGAUCCAAAUCACUGGCGGUUUCAAGGAGGAAAGUGGGUGCCAUGUGGAAAAGCAGACACAAAUGUAAUAGGAAACAGGGUUUACAUGCAUCCGGACUCCCCUAAUACCGGUGCGCACUGGAUGCGUCAGGAAAUAUCAUUUGGAAAACUAAAGCUUACAAAUAAUAAAGGUGCCUCCAACAACACGGGGCAGAUGGUGGUUCUUCAGUCUCUCCACAAGUACCAGCCCAGGCUCCAUGUGGUGGAAGUAAACGAGGAUGGGACGGAGGACACCAGCCAACCAGGAAGAGUCCAGACUUUCACCUUCACAGAAACACAAUUCAUCGCCGUCACAGCUUACCAGAAUACUGAUAUCACGCAAUUGAAAAUCGAUCACAAUCCGUUUGCUAAAGGAUUUCGGGACAACUACGACACUGUCUACACAGGCUGCGACAUCGACCGCCUAACUCCAUCACCGGGUGACUCUCCGCGUUCACAGAUCGUGCCGGGUGCGAGAUAUGCCAUGCCUAGCUCUUUCCUACAGGACCAAUUUGUCAGCACUUAUGCCAAAUCUCGCUUUCACCCUGGCGUGGGGACUGGUCCUGGCACGGAGCGCAGCGUCCCACUCGGCAACAGCUUGCUAUCCCCGCAGCAAACCGAGGAGCCCACUGUUGCCACCCCCCCGCAGCGAUGGUUUGUCACCCCUGCCAACAACCGACUGGACUUUGCAGCCUCGGCAUACGACGCCGCUGAUUUCGCCGGUAACGCGGCCACCUUGCUGUCCUACGCAGCGGCCGGAGUGAAGGCUCUUCCCCUGCCGACUGCAGGCUGCUCCAACCGGCCUCUUGGCUAUUACGCAGACCCGUCAGGCUGGGGAGGACGCACGACGCCGCAGUACUGUGGCGUCAAUAGUAAAUCCAGCUCGGUCUUUUCGUGCUGGCCCGCUAACUCUCUGGGCGGCAGAGCAGGCCCCAACUACCUGGCCGAGGAGGGAGACUCCAUCCCGGUGACGGAGAGGUCACCGAUCGGCGGCUCGGAGGAGACCAAACCCAAGGACAUGUCAGAAUCCAGCUGGAUAGAGACGCCGUCUUCUAUUAAGUCCAUUGAUUCCAGUGAUUCUGGGAUCUUUGAACAGGCCAAAAGGAGAAGAAUCUCACCUUCUGCCACACCAGUUUCAGAGACAGUGUCCCCAUUAAAAUCGGAGCUUUUGGCACCGAGGGAGUGUGAGAAAAACUGCACAAAGGACAUUGGCUAUUACAGUUUUUAUCCUCACAGUUAAAAACAAAGGAAAAUCUAUCUAUCUAUCUAUCUAUCUAUCUAUCUAUCUAUCUAUCUAUCUAUCUAUCUAUCU